CGGCGCAUGAGUGUGUGUGCGUGUGCGUGCGCGCGCGCGGGGCGGCUCCAGUUUCAAACACAGCGCCCAUCUUUAACACAACACAACCGGACAGACUCCGUCCCGUAGCGAGAUACCGCUGCUCAUGCAUAACGUGAAACCCAGGUUAUGAGGGAAGACAUUAGAGAGAGGAACGAAGCACAAGAUGAUCGAAACAAUGGAUACCCAGCGUUGUCUGCAGGCGGUGGAGAGGUUACAGUCUCGAUUGAAAGAAAAGGGAGCAGAUGUUCCUGCUGAGGAGAAGCUGAACCUUCUGAAAGCGGUCUUGCAGAGUCCUCUAUUUCACCAGAUCCUCGCCCUCCAGAAAUCAGUGCAACACCUGAAGGAGCAUACUCCAUAUAUUAACUCAGAUCUCAAGGGCAGCAAUGAAGGUUUUUCAGCACAGCUCAAUGGACAGCCUUCAUCUGAAGAGUACAAACACAUCAUCCGUUCCAUGGCUCAGGGUCGGUACGUGACCCACAUCGACCUACAGAAGCCGGUAUCGGGUGGUUUGGGCUUCAGUGUUGUUGGAUUGUGUAGUGAGAACCGCGGAGAACUCGGCAUCUUCAUUCAGGAGAUUCAGGCUGGAAGUGUGGCAUACAGCGAUGGAAAACUAAAGGAGGGAGAUCAAAUAUUGGCAAUCAAUGGUCAGCCACUGGAUCAGAGCGUCAGUCACCAGCAGGCUAUUGUGCUUCUUCAGCGAGCAUCGGACUGUGUGAGCCUCACUGUCGCCCGUGGGCCCGUACCACAGCUUUCCAGCCCGGUCGUCUCCAGAACCCCCAGUGCUGCUAGCACACUUUCAGCACACUCCAGUGCGACCCAUUGGACUCACGUGGAGACAAUUGAGCUGGUGAAUGAUGGAACUGGUUUGGGCUUUGGGAUUGUUGGCGGUAAAACCACAGGUGUUAUCGUAAAAACCAUCCUACCUGGAGGCAUCGCUGAUCAGGAUGGUCGCUUACGAAGUGGGGAUCACGUUUUGCGAAUCGGUGAUACGGAUUUGUUUGGUCUGAGCAGUGAGCAAGUUGCUCAAGUUUUGAAACAAUGUGGCAACAGAGUUCGACUCCUCAUCAGCCGUGGGACGGCGGAUGACACUCCGGCUGCUCCAGUCUCCCUGCCGACCGUCACUGAGCAACAGGGUUUUGAGGAAGAGGAACAGGAUGCUUUUGAUGUUAGCUUAACGAAGAAUGCUCAGGGACUGGGCAUCACCAUCGCUGGAUAUGUUGGGGACAAAAGCUCAGAACCCUCUGGGAUAUUCGUGAAGAGCAUUUCGAGGGACAGCGCAGUGGAGCAAGACGGACGAAUUCAUGUUGGAGAUCAGAUCAUAGCUGUAGACGGUGUGGAUAUCCAGGGUUACACCAACCAGCAGGCUGUGGAAGUUCUGAGACACACGGGUCAGACCGUAAACCUGAAACUCGUCCGACGUGGCUUCAAACCAGAGGACGCAAGUCCGUCAAUCAUACCUGUUGCCGUGGAGACCACCCCCACCACAUCAAGAAACUCAACAAUGGAGCGAACGAAUACCAUGCAUGAUGAGAGGCUGUUUCUCACUCCAGAGGAAAACGCCAAACCUCAGUCUGUCACGGUUCAACCCAUCAGAACUCCAGAAAGACGUGACGGUCCUGUUAAGCUGAGCUCAGAGGAGGAACACAAACUUUUGCAGAAGUGGCAGAAUGAGCUCAGUGUCUGCAGUGAAGUCAUUGUGGCUCAAGUAGAGAAAUUUAGUGAGAACAGCGGUUUAGGGAUCAGUCUGGAUGCGUGUGCCGGUCGUCACUUCCUUCGCUCCGUACUUCCUGAGGGACCUGUCGGACGAUCUGGAAAAAUCUGUAGUGGAGACGAACUGCUAGAGGUGAAUGGCAUUCCUCUCAGAGGAGAGAAUCACAAAGAGGUUGUUGAAAUACUGAAAGAACUUCCUGUAUCUGUGACCAUGGUCUGCUGUAGACCCGCCCCUAUAAUGACUGACAGCCAAACUGAGCAACCACAGCCAGAUGAUGUGGCCACAGAUUCCAUAGUUCAGGUGCAGGAUGAUUUUGAGGAUUUUCUGGUCUCUGGCAAAUUAGAGGACAGCCUGAAAGAUCAUGUGACUGAAGAGCCCACCGGAACGCCGUUAGCUAUGUGGGAAACGGAGAUUCAGGACAUUGAACUAGAGAAAGGGGAGAGUGGGCUAGGCUUCAGCAUUCUGGAUUACCAGGACCCAAUGGACCCGCUUAAGACGGUGAUUGUUAUCAGGUCAUUAGUUCCCGAAGGCAUAGCAGAGCGAGACGGUCGCUUGUUGCCGGGAGACCGUCUCAUGUAUGUCAACAAUAUCAACCUGGAGAGCGCCAGUUUGGAGGAGGCGGUGCAGGCUCUGAAGGGAGCAAACAUGGGUGCCGUCCGCAUCGGGGUAGCCAAACCACUGCCCACUGAGGAUGAGGAUGGCUCUUCCUCCUUGAUCUUCUCGGCUCUGUUCCUGACGGAGGGCUGUGAUGAUGAUGAUGAGGAGGAGGAGGAAGUUGUGUUCCGUGCUGAGCCUGCAGUGAUCGACUCCAGUGAUUUAGACCUGUCUGAUGAAAAGGCUUUUGAGCGUAAUUUUCUCGAGGAGGAGGACGAGCUGCUGCAGUCAAUGAUCGCUGAACAUGGCAGUUUCUGCAGCACUGAUUUGACCAGAUUUGAUCAGAUGACCAGACAGGCCUCCACACCUAAGGAAGAGGAUUUCAUUCCGGCUAAAACCACGGAUGAGACCCAGCAGCUAAACGUCACUGCGGGGAGCACUUUUGAGAGGACCAUCACUGUGGUCAAGGGCAGCUCAAGUCUAGGUAUGACCGUGUGCGCGCUGAAGGAUGGAGCAGGUAUGCUGAUCCGCAGCAUCAUUCACGGUGGCUCCAUCAGCCGUGACGGGCGACUCGGGGUCGGUGACCUUAUUCUGGCCAUCAACGGAGAACUUACAGGAAAUCUGACCAACGCACAGGCGCGAGCCAUGCUGCGCAGACACUCUCUGAUAGGACCAGACAUGGGAUCCACAGGUGCUGAGGGGGAAGAGCACAGUCCCAUCUCUGUAAUCACAUAUGUACCUGCAGAAUAUUUAGAGGAAUACAGGGCAAGCCAGCAGCUCCAGAGUGAUGAUCUCUCUGAUGGCAAAAACAACACUCAACAUCAGAUGGUCUCAGAUCUUCCAGAGAGAGAAGAUGGAGAGGGACAGGAGAGUGAAAGACAGACAGCAGCUUCCAACAACUGGAAUCCACCACGGAGAGUGGAGUUGCACAGGGAAGCUGGCAAAUCUUUGGGCAUCAGUAUUGUUGGUGGACGGGGCAUGGGCAGUCGCCUUAGCAACGGAGAAGUGAUGCGGGGCAUCUUUAUUAAACACAUCUUGGAGGACAGUCCAGCAGGACGCAACGGCACACUAAAAACAGGAGACAGGAUUGUAGAGGUGGGAGGAGUGGAUCUGCGUGACGCCAGUCAUGAGCAGGCAGUGGAAGCCAUCCGUAAUGCUGCAAACCCUGUGGUGUUCCUGGUCCAGAGCAUCAUUCACAAAGACAGAAAGCCUCCUGUAGCCCUCCUACAGCUGAACCGCUCAGAGCAAACCCUCCACCCUUAUCCUGAAUCCUGCUUUACAUACAAACCGCUACAGACAUCUGCGCUGGAUGCAGUUGAAGACAUUUCAGCCUUCAACUUGAAGACCAGCAGUGAGAAGGCCGUUGACACUUACAGUAGACCUUUCCUCCGUCUAUGUCCGACUAAUCCUUUCACUCCUACACCGUUUAAGCUGAAUCGAGAGGAGGGAAAAAUCUUCCCAACGACACCUGUCCUGUCACUGCCGGUCGUUCCACAUGUUGGGGAAACGGACUCGGACACUCUGACUGAGAUUCCAGAUAGACUUGUUCUUCAUAACAACGGUCCUGAUGACGAAGAGGAGGAUGAGUACGGUUACAGCUGGAGGAAAGUAACGGAGCGGUACGGUCGUUUACCGGGUCAGCUGCACAUGAUCGAGUUGGAGAAGGGCCGCACUGGUUUGGGUUUGAGUCUGGCAGGGAACCGGGACCGUUCACGCAUGAGUGUUUUUGUCGUGGGCAUUGACCCCAAUGGCGCCGCCGGGCGAGACGGACACAUCGUGGUGGGCGAUGAACUGUUGGAGAUAAACGGUCAGGUUCUAUACGGCCGCAGCCAUCAAAACGCCUCUGCCAUUAUUAAAAGUGCCCCCUCAAAAGUCAAGAUCAUCUUCAUCCGAAACGGAGAUGCUUUGAGUCAGAUGGCUGUCGGGCCAAUGAAAGAGACAGACUCACCGGACACACACAUAGAGACAGAGCCGCCCAGCUCAACACUAGACAUGAUCCAACACAUAACUCUUCCUGUGGUGCAGGAGGAUGGAGGGGUUGGUAUCGUCCUGAAGGAGGAUGACAGCAGGGAUGGAUGCAUCAUUCACAGUGUAGAUGAGAAUGGAGCAGCUGGAAGGGAUGGUAUGAUUGCAGUGGGACACAGGCUGCUUGCAGUAGAUGAUGAGAUGGUUCUGGGACUCUCUGUGGAAAAGGUGAUGUCACUGUUGAAGAAAGCCCAGGACUCAGUGAAACUCACCAUCUGCAUUGACCCCGCCUUCCAGCCCUCCUCAUCCAAUCAGAUUUGCUCAGGGUCAGACCCAGGAAUCAGCUUGCCGCUGGUUUCUGUGACAUCAUCAGAGACAGAGCCAAUCAGGAAUUCGAGCAGAUGCUCCACUCCGGGGACCUUGGCGUCUGAUCCAGCUACGUGUCCCAUCAUCCCCGGCUGUGAGACCACUAUAGAGAUCUGCAAGGGCAGAACAGGACUGGGGCUCAGUAUCGUGGGCGGCUGUGACACUUUACUGGGAACUAUAAUAAUUCAUGAGGUGUACGAGGAGGGAGCCGCCUCUAAAGAUGGCCGACUGUGGGCGGGAGAUCAGAUUCUGGAGGUGAAUGGUAUAGAUCUGCGAGUGGCGACGCAUGAUGAGGCAAUCAACGUUUUGCGCCAGACUCCGCAACGUGUACGUCUGACAGUCUUCAGAGAUGAGGGUCAGUAUAAGGAAGAAGAACUGUGGGACUCCUUGACCAUUGAGCUUCAGAAGAAACCAGGCCGUGGUCUGGGACUCAGCAUCAUCGGGAGAAGGAACGACACAGGAGUCUUUGUGUCAGACAUCGUGAAGGGUGGAGUCGUGGAGACUGACGGACGUCUCAUGCAGGGAGAUCAGAUCCUUUCGGUUAAUGGGGAGGACGUUCGUUCAGCCACACAAGAGUAUGUGGCCUCGCUGCUCAAGAGUUGUGCUGGUCCAAUCAGAUUGGAGGUGGGUCGUUUUAAGGCGGGGCCUUUCCACUCCGAGCGCCGUCUGUCUCAGAGCAGUCAGAUAAGCGAGACGGGCAGUGGUAAAGUCAUUCCUGCGGCUGUACAGGGUGAUGCAGAGAAAACACUUGAAUUGCUAGAUAAAGACAUCAGGACGGUUGAAUUCACAAAGGGCCCAUCGGACUCUCUGGGCAUCAGUAUAGCUGGAGGAGUGGGCAGUCCUCUGGGGGACGUGCUAUUCAUUGCCAUGAUGAACCCCAGCGGCCUCGCAGCACAGACACAGAAACUCUGGAUUGGAGACAGGAUUGUGUCUAUCUGUGGAAACUUAACAGAAGGAAUGACUCACAAUAAAGCCGUUUCACUGCUGAAGAACACGACAGGCAUCAUACAACUACAGGUAGUUGCUGGUGAUACUACAGUAACUGGACCCUCACCAGAGCAGACAGCAGGACUCACAGCCAGCAGCAUUUUCCAUGAUGACCUGGGUCCUCCGCAGUGCAAGAGCAUUAGUUUGGAGCGCGGGCCUGAUGGGCUGGGCUUCAGUAUUGUGGGUGGAUUUGGCAGCCCCCAUGGUGACCUUCCCAUCUACGUCAAAACAGUCUUCAGCAAGGGGGCCGCGUCAGAGGAUGGGCGUCUGAAGCGUGGAGAUCAAAUCAUCGCUGUUAACGGUCAGAGUUUGGAGGGCGUCACUCACGAAGAGGCUGUCUGUAUUCUGAAGAAAACCAAAGGAACCGUCACGCUCACUGUGCUGUCAUAAACACACAGAGCUCAUUUAAUAGGCUUGUAUCAGGUCCUGUAGUUGUUUAAACACUGGAUUACACACUUAUGAAUGAAUUGUGCCCGCUCAUAGCGUUGUUUACUGCUAGUUUGUGGAGAAACCAGCAGACUACCACAAUCUGCCAUACUAUGCUGGGACUUUACAUUGUAUUUGUGCUUUAAAAUGUAGAAAGUGCACACAACUGCAUGACCGGAUAUUAUAUGCCUGGUUAUAACUUUUUCGUUUGACAAUUCCUGCUGCUGUGAUAGCUAUAAAAUGUACAAAUAUCUCUUUCCUGCUGAGGUAAUAAACUGGGUACAAAUUGACCACCAUUGGUUUCUAUGCAAUUUGCCAAAAGUUGACACUAUGAAAAACACUAAAAUAAAGAUGCGUGUAAAAACAAACUCUAUUGUAGCUUGUUGAAGACUAAAAAAGAUAUUAGCAAAAUGUAAUAAUUACCAUCCAUUUCCUUUCUAUUAUUUCUAUUGUGUUAAGGGUAAUUUGACCCACAUAUGUUUGUUCACAAUUAGCUGCACAGACACAAAUUAAAAAAAAAAACAUUAUUAUUUUUUUUUUUUGUCAUGACUACUUGUAAUGACUAUUUGCACACUGAGGUGUCUAACAUUAUUUGUACUUAGUGUAAGUGCGCAAAAACGCUGUAUUAUGCAUGCCAGGCCAGUAGAUGGCGAUGUCACUUUGUAAAGAAACUAAUUUGCAUGCACAUGAUGUCACAGUUUCUGCAUAUUUGCAUUUUUGUAGCCUACACAGAGACGAUAAAGAGAUCGUUUCAAAGUGAAAACGUUUUCAUAAGUUUGCUUUUUCAUGUCACCAAAACUCCAUUUCCGUGUAAAUGAACGGCAAAAAUGCACACAAAGUUGAAUUAAAAAGUUAAUUUGAAAACGGUGUCAUGUAAACGGUCCCUGGUUCUCAAACCCUUGUGAGGGUAAAGUGGGUUUCUCACUUAUUUUGAGUGCUGCAACAGACUAGCAAUUGAGAGCCCAAAAAACUAACAAAUACACAUUUCAACAAUGAUUUGAACUAAAACUCAACUGUAAAAUUCAAGAGUGAAUUUUCCUUGGAUGAUUCAGAAGAUGAGUCUUAAAUUUCAAAAGUUUUUGUAUUCCAUAUUUUAGUUUGGCAAGAUACAAUAAAGGUUUUCUGACUCCUUGCUGUUUUGUUGAGAUGUUGAUUUUUGGCAAAUUGCAUGGAAACCAAUGGAGAUCAAUUUGACCUCAAAAUUUAACACGUGUUUUGGAUGCACAUUCAUCACCCAAAAUGAGAAAUACUAGUGUUUCAAGCUGUUAAAUAUCAAAUAGUGGUCAAAUUGAGCCCAACACAACAGAAAAGGUAAAAAGUCUGCUUACUUUCAACAUCAGUUGUGCCAGGAAAAUAAGCCUCUAACAUUUGUGAAUAAUGUGCAAUUAAUCGAUAAUGAGCCUAAUUUACAUGGAAAGAAGGCAUGUUUAUUGGCAUGAUUUCUAUUGUACCGAAUAGAAAGAUGACGUCUAUAGUCUAUCAGUGACGAAGCUGUUUAGUGAAUCUGUCCAAAAAUAGUCUUUAAAAAAAAAAAAAAAAAAAGAUCUCAACAUGUUUGAUUUUACACACCACUUUAAUUGUAAGAAUUAUAAAAUAGAAAAUGAAAACAUGGUUAAAAUGUAAGCAAUAAGUAAUGACAGCAAUAAGAUGACAGUCCUGACUCCUGAAUGUGUGUGGCGAUUCUUAUACACGCACACUCUAACAGGAUUUUAAUCAUUUUGACCGAAUUUAACCUGAUAAUAAACUCAAAUAUUUGAGAUACCAUCUUUGUUUCUUAAAAAAAAAAAAAAAGGAAGAAAAAACAGACAGCAGGUAGAAGCAGUAUGUGUGUGUAUUAAUGUGAUGAUAUUAAUGAAGAUUUAUUUGGGGGGGGGAAAAGUAUCAGUGCAUUCAGUGACAUUCUGGAGUUUUGCCUUCACCUGAGAUUUUUGCUGCUGGAUGUAGAACAAACUACUGUUAUAUAUUUUGGUAUAUUGUCAUUUUGUUCUGAUACAGCAUUGGAUUUCACGACAAAUACAUGAAUAAAAGUGACCUUCAGCACA